UUUGAGUAAGGAACGAACGUUGCAGGCGCUUUUAAAAGUUUUUACUAUAAAUGAGAGUCGGUUCCUUUUCCGGCGAUUAACCGUGAUUACCGGAGGUCUGAGAAGCUGCUUCGGGGUGUGAAACGAGUGACUGGAGCAGUUUUGUCGGCGCUGGGGGGGUUAUGGUCGCAGGAGGACUCGAGUAACGGCACAGUGAAUCAGCAUCAGUGCACACAUCCAGUGAGGGUGCCAUGUGGUGGUUCCAGCAGGGCAUGUGCUUCCUCCCUGCCACUCUGGUCGUCUGGACGGCAGCGUCCUUCAUCUUCCCUUACAUCACGGCGGUGGUGCUGAGACACGUGGAUCCUUUUGUGCCGUACAUCAGUGACACAGGAACGAUGGCACCAGAGAGGUGUGUGUUUGGCAUCAUGAUGGAUGUGUCAGCCUUUUUAGGUAUGGCCACGAUGUACGUGCGUUACAAACAGGUGGAGGCUCUGUUGGGUGUGGACGAUCUCAAACUCCUCAGAUUGAACUGCAUCGGGCUCUGGGUGGGCUGGACCAGCUCCUUCGGGAUGUGCGUGGUGGCCAACUUCCAGAAGACCACCCUGUUCUACAUGCACCUCGUGGGGGCGAUUCUCACCUUUGGGUUCGGGGCUCUUUACAUCCUGCUUCAGUCGGUGCUCUCCUACUACAUGCAGCCCCACAUCCACAGCAGGACCAUCUACCUGCUGCGCCUCUGCAUCGGAUUCUGGACCCUGGGCAGCAUCAUCAGCAUGUUUAUAUCUUCAGUCAUCAUGUACACCAGUCUGAUAGGUGUCGACGUACCUCGCAAACUUCACUGGACUCCUGGAGAGACGGGUUACGCGGCUCACAUUAUCAGCACAAUCUCUGAAUGGUUUCUGGCCUUCUCCUUCAUCAGCUUCUUCCUCACCUACAUUAGAGAUUUUCAGAAAAUAAAUCUGCGAGCAGAGGUUGAUUUGCAGAGCAGCCACCUGUACGACUGGACUCACGGGCACAACCCUGCAUCAUAUCACAACAGUCGUGCACCUUCUGAAGUGUCUCCACUGCUGGCGGGAACAACAUGAUGAGCAACAGGGCUUCCUGCACCAAUUUCUUUCUUUUUUUUCCCUUUAUAUUUUAAUUUACAUUUAAAGGCAUUUUAUAAAAGGUUUCUGACAGCUGUAGUGGUUCAUAAAGAGUCAGUACGCACAUAUAGUGUCUCCUCCUAACAUGUAGUCAGACAUUAACGUUUGGCUGUUAUGGGCCAACAUUUCUUUCUCUACCUCUAAAAUGUGGAAGUGAAUUUAGUUUGAGUCUUAUAAUCCACAGCAGGCAGAUGUCAUAGUAAAUAUAUCACCCAGUCCUGGCAGCAUUUAUGGUCCCUCCACACUUUUUUCUGUAGCAUGACGAGCAGGAAACCAGAGAGACUAAACGAGUGUUAAUAUGGUUUUAUUUUUUACCAUUUUUUAAAAUCUUUAUUUAGCUUUAUUUGAGUUUUUGUUAUUUUUAUAUAAUAUGUGCGGUACCUGUAGAAGUUCAGAUCAGUACAUUCAGUAAACCCGCAUGAAAGCUGCUUCAAGCUGGUUGUGUUGACAACUUUGACCAAUUCAGUUAGUUAGGGUUGCCAUUUGUAUUGUUCCAGCUUUUCACUCCUGAAGCAAACAUUUAAUCUGAAUUUGGUGAAUAACCUUCUUUGAAAUCAAUAAUUACAAAUCCGAAGAGUCGCACAUCUGAGCUGUCCGUUUUUUAUUUUUGGUGUGUGUGUGGAGUCUUUGUGCCUUUACUCUGAAGACACGUGUUUGACUGGUCGUCCUACUCGCAAAGAGAUUAUCUUUGUGAACAACAAGGUUAUUAAUACAGAUAUAAAGGACAUAUCUUUAGUUUUAGUCUUUGUUAGUUUGGUUGGAUUUGUCAACAAGAUGUCUGAUGAGGUUUUGGUGCUUUUGUUACUGGGACUUGGAUGUCUACAUGACUGAGACUCACCUGUCUUUUGUUUUUAUUGUAACAUCUAGUCUGAUUUUCUUUGUCUGGUGACUAAACUUACACAUUGAAACUGAUAAAAAAUUAAACUGACAUGAGAAAACCUGCUCUGGAAGCUAACCAAAGAAACAAACUUUAAGUAAAAAUGAAAAUUUAUUAAAAAAUAAAAAAUUACUCAUGCAGAAUCAUGCAGAAUUGUGAGGCUUUCUUGAAAGAAUCCUCCAAAUAUGUGGGAAAACCAGAGUGCUGGCAGGUAUCCCAUCACCUUCCUUGUACAGGGUUCGGUGGAGAAAGAAAUGAAAUCAAACUAAAUAAAAACCUGUCUGACUAAAGAGAGAAUACUAAGAGGAGAGAUUGUUUUUUUUUAUUAUAUGACCCGGUCAAUAUGAAGCUUUUGCACUUUUCUGUCAAACUAUGUAACCGCUUUGCACUUUUUAUCAUUACUCUUUAAAAAAAAAAAAAAAAGGUAAUCAUGUUCAUUUAUGAAUCAUUACUGCUGUUCCUUCAGCAGUCUCAUUAGAUGGAAAACUACGGUUUAAAUCUAAGUCAGUCUGUUUGUAUUUGAGUUGAGCUGCUGGCUUGUUCAGUUCAGCAAACAUUAACUGAAAUAAGGUUACUUUUCUCCUGGGUGGGGUUUCAUUCAGUCGUGUUUGGCAGGUGUCAAUAAAAAAAUGCGGUUAUGUUAACAGAAGCUAACCUGUAGUGUGCCACUGAAAUGAUUUUGAUCACUGAAAGUGUAAAAACAUUCAUACAGAAAUACUUUUAUAACUUGGUUUCUAAAUAGUAAAAUUUUAAAAGAAUUUUAAGCUUUGCAUUCUUAGUUCAUUGUAUCUGUUUUGGCAUAUGUUGUUUCCUGGUUACUUUAAAGGUGCACUGUUCAGGUCUUGUUGAGGAAAAAAGGUUUACUGACGGUGUGACACUCUAAAGCGCUCAAUUUAUUAUUUUACUAUCUAAACAAUAUAUUUUUGUGUCUCCUGGCACACUACAGAUGGCACCUUCCUUGCUGUCAGUUAACGUGUGAUAUGAGAUCAUAUGAUAUGAGAACAUAUCUACAAAUAUAUAAUCAAACAAAUAUAUAAUCUGAGAACAAGCUUCUAACUUUAAACCCUUGUUUCCCCUCUGUACUGUGGCAUCUGAUGUGCAUUUUUCAUAUAAAAACUAAUAAAGGUGCACGUGUGUUUCAGUACUUUACAUAAAUGUAAACUUCAGUUCUGUCUAUACAAAUAUUUUGAUAUAAAUAAAUAUGUAAAUACA